GCCCCCGCCUCCAUCUCCUCCUCCUCCUCCGUCUCCUCCAUCCUCUUGUCCACCCUAGGUCCUCCGCCCCGGCCCACACCCUCCCUCCCGGGGGCGGGGCCUGUCCUGCUGGGGCCCGGGGAGGGGUCUCGAGGCCCGGGCGGGAGCCAGGGUCGGUGCCUCGGCGCCAGCAGUGAGUGGGACCAGCCGAGCCCGCGCCCUCCGCCGCCGGCCAUGUCCGGGGCUGCGCUCCUCGGCCUCCUGGCCGCGCUGCUGCUACUGCUGCUGCUGCUGCUGAGCCGCCGGCGCGCGCGGCGACCUGGUGAGCCUCCGCUGGACCUGGGCAGCAUCCCCUGGUUGGGCCACGCCCUGGAGUUUGGAAGAGAUGUCGCCAGCUUCCUCACUAGAAUGAAGGACAAGCAUGGUGACAUCUUUACCGUGCUGUUGGGGGGCAGGUAUGUCACUGUCCUCCUGGACCCGCACUCCUAUGACAAGGUGAUGUGGGAGCCACGCACCAGGCUGGACUUCCACGCCUACGCCGUCUUACUCAUGGAGCGGAUUUUCAGUGUGCAGCUCCCACAUUACGACCCCAGUAACGAGAAGGCCAAGAUGAAACCGACCCUAGAGCACAGCAACCUGCAGGCUCUCACAGACGCGAUGUAUGCCAACCUCCACACCGUGCUGCGAGGGGACCCCGCAGAGGCGGCUGGUGACUGGCACGAGUCUGGUCUCUUCGAGUUCUGCUACAGUGGCCUGCUCAGAGCCGGCUACCUGACCCUGUUUGGUGUGGAGGCGUCGCCAGGCACCCUGGAGAGCCAGGCCCAGGACCGUACCCACUCAGCCAACAUCUUCCACACCUUCCGGCAGCUCGACCUGCUGCUGCCCAAGCUGGCCCGAGGCUCCUUGUCAGCGGGGGAGAAGGACCAGGUGCGAAGCGUGAGAGGUCACUUGUGGAAGCUGCUGUCUCCGGCCAGGGUGGCCACCCGCGCACUCCGGAGCAGCUGGCUGGAGAGUUACCUGCUGCACCUGGAGGAGAUGGGGGCGUCGGUGGAGAUGCAGGGCCGGGCCCUGGUGCUGCAGCUCUGGGCCACACAGGGAAACAUGGGCCCUGCCGCCUUCUGGCUCCUGCUCUUCCUUCUCAAGAAUCCGGAGGCUCUGGCUGCUGUUCGUAGGGAGCUGCAGUGCAUCCUGUGCCAGCCGGGGCAGCCUGUCUCACAGAUGAGUGCCCUCCCACCGAAGGCCUUAGACAGCACCCCUGUGCUUGACAGUGUGCUGAGUGAGAGCCUCAGGCUCACAGCCGCACCCUUCAUCACCCGCGAGGUGGUGGUGGACAUGGCCUUGCCUCUGGCGGAUGGACGGGAGUUCUCGCUACGACGCGGUGACCGGCUUCUCCUCUUCCCCUUCCUAAGUCCCCAGAGGGAUCCGGAAAUCUACACAGACCCGGAGGCGUUUAAAUACAACCGAUUCCUGAACCCAGAGGGAACAGAGAAGAAAGACUUUUACAAGGGUGGAAAACAGUUGAAGAAUUACAACCUGCCUUGGGGGGCGGGGCACAAUCAGUGCCUGGGGAAGAAUUUUGCCAUCUACAGCCUUAAACAAUUUGUGUUCCUCGCAUUGAUGCACUUUGACCUGAAGCUGGUCCGAGCGGAUGAGGAGAUCCCUGAAUUUGACCUCAGCAGGUAUGGCUUCGGGCUGAUGCAGCCGAAGAAUGAUGUGCUUGUCCGGUACCGUGCCCAGCUGUGACCUGCAGGAGCUCCUAGCUGGCCUGCUUCAGCUUCCUUUCUGUGCCAGCGUUGCCACAUCCCUGCUGUCCUAGAUGCCUGUGCCUAGGGGUGGAGACAGGGUGGAAGCCACCAAAGACAUCAGAGUCAAGAAAAGAUUUCAAAAGUUCAGCUGGGCACAGUGGCAUAUGCCUGAAAGUCCAGCACUUGGGAGGGCUGAGGUGGGAGGAUCACUGUGAGUUCGAGGCCAGCCUGGGCUACAAAGCAAAACCUUGUCUCAAAAAAAUAAAAAUAAAAAUAAA